ACUUUACCCGCGUAUAAAUAGUGGCCGACAGCUACCAUUUCGGCAGAAACCCAGUAGUUGUUCCACUUCAGACGAGCAAAAUGGCAUUCAAGUUCUUAUUGCUCGCAGCUUUCGUUGCGAUAGCAAGUGCUGGCGGGCCAGCGGCGUACGACAUUGGCACGUUGUCCGCUGAUCACAACAGCAUCGGCUAUAGCCAAGAGUCCACGCAGAAGGGCUACGCCGGUCAGAACGUGGUGUCCUCGUAUAGCCGCGCCGAGGACUCCGCGCACUCGUCGGUACGCGUGAGCAACAGCCACGUGAGCAACGACGCCCUAUUGGAGCAACACGCCAUCGGCUACGGCUAUGCCGCGCCGGCCUUGGCUAAGCCCCUAAUCGCUGCACAGCCCGUGAUCGCCAAAACCGCUUAUGCCGCCCCGGCCUUAGCAACGUACACCGCUCACCCUGCCCCGUUAUUCGCCAAAUCCGCGUACGCUGCAGCACCCGCUUACGCCGCCGCACCCGCUUACGGAUACGCGACCGCGGCCGCGCCGUUCUUGGCCGCGAAAACGGCAUACGCCGCACCCGCUGCCUACAGUUACGCCAGCCCGCUCCUGACCAAGACCUACGCCGCCCCGGCCCCGUUCAUCGCCAAGACCGCAGCGUACACCACAUACACCGCGCCAGCAACCCCCCUGAUCGCUAAGGCCGCUUAUGCCGCUCCACUCGCCGCUCCACUUGCAGCCCCGCUCCUGGCCAAGUCCUAUGCCGCCGCCCCGGCUCUCGCAUACUCCGCUCAUACUGCGCCACUAAUCGCUAAGACUUAUGCCGCCCCUUACUCGUACGAGACAGCUGCACCCGUAGUACACGCCACCUUCAGCGGCUUCGGCACUAGCUACGCCUGGUAAAUAAUUCCAAAACUGCAGAUCUCUCACGAUUGAUCGGCGUGACGAAUGAUCGUCCCUCUGACAGUAUCGUAUUUCCUUACUUUCUUAUUUCCUACACGCGCAAGAUUGUCUACGUAGAUGUGUAUAUAAUAUUUAUAGUAUAAUAUUUUUUAUAUUUAUACCUCAUUGUAUACACGUAUAUUCUGCUCUGUCCAUGAAAAUUUCCAACAGAAUCUUUCACAUAAGAAAUCUUCACGCGGAUCACGUCUCU